UUGUAGGAGAAGCAAAGAUGAACAGUAUGAUUUACUGGGGAGGAAAUUCUUGGAAGCAGAAGUUCUAUUAGCUACAUGCAUUAAUGCUGCUCCUAGCUAGCUUAGAGCUCAGGUAUCAGAGGUAUAGCUUUUGGGGAAAUGGGACAAAUAUCACUUCUUCCCCUUUUGUUCUGUGAGAAAUACUUCGUAAUUUAAAAAGAAGCACUCACCAAAUGAAAUCUUGGAUUGACCCCAAAACUAAAGAAAGACAGCCAUCAAAACAACCAUCACCUGGUUUUCCAUCUAUAUAUAUACCAUACAGCACUAAAUUCAUUCAUUCAUUCAUUCCUCUCUCAAUCUCAUCUUCACCUUAUUCUAAGAUCACUCUGAAUUCAGUUUGCCUCUUUCUUUCCUCAUCAUCACAACAGAAAAAGAAUGUUUUCCAGGUCUUACAUCCUCCUCUGUCUUCUCCUCACAUUAGCUUUGCCUAAUGCAGAAACCAGGCCUUUUGCUCCCACCAAUUCUUCACUACUUCAGGGUGAGAAGAAAGCAGAAGGGGGGAGGAGAAUAGGGUCAUUUGCACCAAGGUGUGAUCACAAAUGCUAUGGAUGCAUGCCUUGCGAAGCCAUCCAAGUGCCAGCCACCAACGGCGGCGGCGGAGGCGGCGCUGCGGCGGGUGUUCAGCAGUACACAAACUAUGAACCUGAAGGCUGGAAAUGCAAGUGUGGGCCCGCCCUUUACAGUCCUUAGUUCAACUUCGUCACCAAUACAUAUGUUAUAUUGAAGAGGCCGGCCAUUAUCAUGCAUGAAUGGAUGGGCGGAGCAGUAGUUUUUGUUCUCAAAUAUAUAUAAUGAGAUGAGAUUUGCUGUGUAGAAAUCAUUUCGCCAAUUAAGACGGAUGAAACUAAUAGACUAUUCCAUUCUAUUUUGUCUCUGUUUUUGGACUUUUGGGAAGCCACUUGGUUUAGUUGGAGCUUUAAUUUGGUGAUGCAUACAAGGAAAAAUAAAGUACAUGCAUAUACAUGAUGG